AUGUUCACUACUGCGAGUCUUGCUCUUGCUGCGGCACUCUGUGUGGCGCCUGCCCGGGCUGAGACGCUUGGACUGGACAAUGAGGAUGGGAUCAUUCUGCUCGUGGGCAUCGUCAUUGUUGCCAUUCUCGUUUUCGUCGGUGCGUACUUCCUCGCCAAGCGCGGCUGCUGCGAUGAUGACGACGAGGUCGUUGCUGCUCACAAGCGUGCCGUGGAUGCCGAGGUUGGCAACUACAGCUACGAGUACGCCGACUCGGACGAGUACGUCGACUCGGAUGCCGACUCGGACGAGUACGAGGAGGCCAGCGCCGAGUACGAGUACGAGUACGAGUCGUAA